UCACAUCUCUGAAACCUUUUCUUCAGUAGUACCGUUCCACGUACCUUUGUCACAUUUUUUCGGAACUCUUUCUAAUAGGCAUUAUAAAUUAAAACCAAAAUAUUAUACCUAGUAAACAAAUGAGCAGCGUUGGCGACGAUUGUAACGAACUGAAGCAGCAGUACGAUGCCUGUUUCAACGGCUGGUUUUCGGAGCGCUUCCUAAAAGGUCAAACGGAUGACUCAGCGUGUGCUCCGAUAUUCCGGGUUUAUCAGGAAUGCGUCAAGCGCGCCAUUAAGGAGAAGAAGAUCGAUUUACAGGAGAUAGACCCGAUCUUCGAGACCGGGCUAGAGGAGGAUAAUGCGAAAAAAUCUGGUGCAAAACAGCAGCCGGCGGGCAAAAGCUGACCCCGUAAGCUGAUCCAUAAAGCCAA